UUUGAUAAUAAAUGAAAGUUCAUCUACUGAUAGUUCUGAGAACCUGAAUGUUGAAGAUGAUAAACCGCCAAAAGACAGCCCUAAAAAUACAAGUCACCAUUUAUCUCUAGUUCAUAUUGAGUUAUAUUGUGAAAAAACUUUUGAGACAUGGGAUGAAUGUCAGAAGUUGGGUAAAUACAUUUCAUGUAAGACCACACCACCUGAAAAACAAAAGAAAAAAGGUUCAAAAAGAAUAAAUUGUUUUUUUCUUGUUAACGUAUCUAAGAUUAAGGGCUAUGGAGAUGAAAUGGUAAUCAAAUUAAAUUCUAUGCAUCUUAAACAUAAUCAUUCAUUGGUUCCUAAAAAUGUAGCUUUUGCUACGAAAUAUCAAAAGCUUACUACAGAAAUAAAAGAACUUAUUGAAAGCUACACGCUUUGUAAUAUUGACGUUCCAUCUCAGGUUAGAUUGCUUCGUGGGUUGUUCUCUAAAGCAACAAUAGUAGAUUAUGAUAUAAAGAACUAUAUUUAUAAGUUUCAUAGAAAUCAUGAAAUAAAAGAUGGUGAUGCUGCAAAGCUUCUUCAAUAUUUUGAAAAAGAGCGUGCCAAAGAUCCUGAUUGCAUUUUUGCUGUAGUUGAUAAUAAUUUCAAAUUGCAGAUCAUUGCACAGGCUGUAUUGCUUGAUAAAACAAGUGAAAGUUAUAGAUGGGUAUUACAACAGACAAUCAAAGCUACUGGAGUCCAGCUUGGCGUAUUUAUUAUUGAUGCUAAUCCAGGUUUUGAGAGUAUAGUUCUUGAGGUAUACCCAAAUACCUACUUUCUUUACUGUGUCUGGCAUAUUGAGCGCAAUCUUGAAAAACAAUUAUCUAAACUUCUUGGUGACCGCUAUGCUGAUUUUCUUAAAGCAUUUUACCAUGCCAAAAUGUUUUAUACAAAGAAGCAUUUGAGAGAUAUUGGAAACAUUGAGAAUAGGCCAAUUAAAAUUGAAUAUGACUUAUAUCAAAUAUGUUUUGAGAAGCUUCUUGAAGGAAUUGAUCAUUCAUUAAUAGCUGAAAUUUGGGAAGUUCAUUCUAUUGAGAAUAAGUCAAGUCUCUUUCAUAUUUCUCUUAUUUCAAACCAUUGGUAUAAGGAUGAUAUUGUGGAUACAUUAGUUGCAGCUGCAAAAGUGAUUGACCGAAAACAAUCUACAAAAGGAUCACUACUUGAACUUGCACGCAAAUAUGUAGAAUUGGUUGAUUAUGAUGAUCCUAAUAAUCCUGAUAUUUUGAUAAAAAUGUUUAAAGAUACUGAAGAUGAUCAAGCUUUAGAAUAUGAGCAAGUAAAUAAUGAAGUCUCAGAAUAUGAUCAGGUUUUAGAAGAAACAGAAAGCAUUCAAGUUAUAGAGUAUGCACAGGCUUCUUAUCUUGAGGUUCAGAAUCUACUUCGAUAUAUUAAAAAAGACCAGCUUGCAAAAAAAGCGAAUUAA